AUGACUGCCGGACGCAUUCCUUUGGGGCUGCGGUCGUUAACUUUCACCGGAGCAGGCAGACAUUCCCAUCCCCUCAACUUCAUCCUUUCGACCAUUUUGGGAUGGUUCCAAGCGUUCUACGACUCCAUACCCGUCGAGAAGGAGCCGGUAGUAUUCUCGACCUCGGAGCCGUUGCCAAAUGCCUCGACGGCAGUCUACGAAUUCGACGACGAUGACGACGAGUUGCUUUUCCCAGGAAGAUCCUCCAGAAGCCCAUCGAAGCCAUCCCCGGAAUAUCUGGAGUCUCUGCGCUCAGCGCGAGAGGCGAUCGUGCAGAACAUCCGCACCCAUCAGAGCAUGGUCACACUGUUCAAAAUCGCCCUCAGUCACGAGGACCUCUGGCCGCUUUCCGACAAAAUGCACGACCAGCUCUGUCGGAAGCCCGAUCCAAUGAUGCCCACGCCCGUCAACGUUCCCAAUGACUCCACGCGUGGCGAUGGCCCGAGCAAAUACUCGGACAGUGGUAAGUCGCGGAAGCACAAGCCUGCCAAGAAGGUUGACUCGGAGCGACCCGCCACUCAGGGAAAGCAAAAGCGUGCGAAGGAGGCGCCGAGAAAUCCUACUCGGGGAAAGCAGAUCAAGCGUGCGAAGAAGGCGCAGAGCAAUCCCACUCGAAGGAUGCUUCACAGGAGCUCCAAGCGGUAG